GAGAAGAAGAAAAAAAAUUUUUCCACUGGCGACGGCGACGCUGUCCAUUUUUUCCGGCUCGGGAAGCUGAGCGCUCUUUCUCUCACUCAGCUAAUCAUUAAAAAAAACUCGAACCGAAUUAAUCUGAUCGAGUUAAAAAAUAAAAAGCUCGUUAUUGUGUUUGCGAUACAUUGAACCGAACCUCGCUGGCUGAGCUGCUCGGCUAACGACGGUCGUUGGUGUCUCACAAUGCCUCGGACGGAGGUUCCGGACUCUGCUCCCUCUCAGGUUGACGAUGUGCAGACAUUUACAUGUACGAGCGGAGAGACCUCAAACUCUGAAGGACGUGUCUACCCUGUGGAUGAACAGAACGAGUUUCUUGACGACGAGUUUGGAUCCGAUGAGUCCGGGCACUGUUUGAAGGAAGAGUCUCUGGAGUUGAACAGCGACGAUCAAGGAAAUGACCUCAACAGACUGAAUAUCAUCUGCAUUAAGGAGGAAGAUCCUGAAGAUGACGACUACCUCUACUGCGAGGUUUGUAAAUGCUAUUUCGUCAACAAGUGCGAGGUUCAUGGUCCGGCUGUGUUCAUCCCUGACACUCCUGUUCCCAUGGGGGUCGCUGACCGUGCCAGACGAACACUUCCACCAGGACUAGAAAUUCGGGCGUCUGAUGUUCCCGAUGCAGGCCUCGGAGUGUUUAAUAAAGGAGAGACAGUUCCAGUUGGAGCACACUUUGGGCCCUACCAGGGAGAUCCGGUAGACCGAGAGGAAGCAAUGAACAGUGGUUAUUCCUGGGUGAUUUACAAGGACAGGCAGCGUGAGGAAUACAUAGAUGCUACGAAUGAGAUGCAUGCUAACUGGAUGAGGUAUGUGAAUUGUGCUUGUACUGAUGUAGAUCAGAAUCUCAUGGCGUUUCAGUACCAAGGAGGGAUUUUCUACCGUUGCUGCCGACCCAUCAAACCAGGACAGGAGCUUCUAGUAGGCUAUGAAGAGGAAUAUGCCAAAGACUUCAGUCCUGCGUUUGAAUACCUCUGGAACAAAAAGUGUUCCACAAAUGGUAAUGGCAGUUCCAGACACAGGGACCUGAGAGACGCUGGAGGAGAGCUGUAUGGUGAUUUGAGAGAAAUGAAUGGCAUCCUGUUGCAAGCCUUCUCCUGCUCCUUGUGUGCACUUUCCUAUACAUCUUUAUUUCACUUCCACAAACAUAUCAAGAGAUGCCACUAUGAGGAAUAUUUGAGACUGAUGAAUUCAGGAGAGAUUACCUAUGAAAAAAUAAAUCUGAUGCCUACCAACAGCUCCAAUAGUCAUCAAAUUGGAGCUGACUCCUCCAGUACUUUGUGCAAUACAACCUCUAACAGUCAAAUGCAAAUCAAAACUCACCACUGUUCAGAUUGUGGUGACAGUUUUAUUCAAAAGAGUGAUCUUGAACUACACCAGCAAAUUCACACGGGAAAGAAGAUAAAGUCAUAUCAGUGCUCACAUUGUGGGAGGAGUUUUACUCAAGUGAGUCAUCUCCGAGCACACAAGCGCAUUCACACAGGAGAGAGGCCGUAUCGCUGCUCAGAGUGUGGAAAGAGUUUUAUUCAAAGGAGUAAUCUCCGAACACACCUGCGCAUUCACACGGGAGAGAAGCCAUACCGCUGCUCAGAGUGUGGGAGGGGUUUUACUCACCAGAGUAAUCUCAACACACACCAGCGCAUUCACACAGGAGAGAGACCAUUUCACUGUUUGCUGUGUGGAAAGACUUUUGCGCAACAGAGCGCUCUCCGGUUACACCAGCGUGUUCACACAGGAGAGAAGCCAUAUCGCUGCUCGGAGUGUGGAAAGAGGUUUGUUCAACUGGCAGGUCUGCAGAAACAUCAAUCUAUUCACAAACGAGAGAGGCCAUAUCACUGCUUACAGUGUGGGAUAAGUUUCACUCAUCGGACUCAUCUCCAAGAACACGAGCGCAUUCACGUAGGAGAGAGGCCGUACCACUGCACCCAAUGUGGGAAGAGUUUUUCUCACCAACGUAAUUUGCAUCAACACCAGCUCAUUCACACAAAAGAGAAGCUAUAUCAUUGCUCACAGUGUGGGAAGAGUUUUUCAUUCCAGCAUAGAUUGCAACGACACCUUCGCAUUCACACAGGAGAGAGGCCGUAUCAGUGCUUACAGUGUGGGAAGAGUUUUUCUUCCCAGCAUAAAUUGCAAGUCCAUCAGCGUGUUCACACAGGAGAGAAGCCAUAUUCCUGUUCACAAUGUGGGAAGAAUUUUACUAGUGCUAGUAGUCUCAAAAUACACCAGCGCAUUCACACAGGAGAGAAGCCCUAUAAUUGUUCACAGUGCGGGAAGAGUUUUACUUGCCGGACUAAUCUCCGACAACACCAGCGCAUUCACACAGGAGAGAAGCCGUAUGACUGCUCAAAGUGUGCCAAGAGUUUUACUUGCAAGUCUAAUCUCCGACAACACCAGCGCGUUCACACAAAAGAGAGGAGCCGUACAUUGAAGACACAAGAGCAAGAAAAAAUGAAUGGCAUCCUGUCGCAACCCUUCUCCUGCUCCUUGUGUGCACUUUCCUAUACAUCUCUAUUUCAAUUCCACAAACACAUCAAGAGAUGCCACUUUGAGGAGUAUAUGAGACCAGUGAAUUCAGGGGCAUUUGCAUAUGACAUAUUAAAUCUGAUGCCUACCAACAGCUCCAAUAGUCAUCAAAUUGGCGCUGACCCAUCUGGUACUUUAUGCAUUACAGCCUCUAACAGUCAAAUGCAGAUAGAAAUGUACCACUGCUCCGAUUGUGGAGAGAGUUUUAUUCAUCAGAGUGAUCUGAAACUACAUCAGCUCAUUCACAUGGGAAAGAAGAUAAAGUUGUUUCAUUGCUCAUACUGCGGGAAGAGUUUUACUCAAGCCAGUUAUCUCAGACGACAUCAGCGUAUGCACACAGGAGAGAGGCCGUAUCAUUGCACACAUUGCGGGAAGAGCUUUGCUCAACAGGGUAAUUUCCGAACACACCUGCGUAUUCACACAGGAGAGAAGCCAUAUCACUGCUCACAGUGUGGUAGGGGUUUUACUCGCCAAAAUGCUCUCCAGCUCCACCAGCGCAUUCACACAGGAGAGAGGCCAUAUCAGUGCUCUGAGUGUGGGAAAACUUUUAUUCAAAAGAUUAAUCUCCAAAUACACCAGCGCAUUCACACAGGAGAAAAGCCCUAUCACUGCUCGGAGUGUGGAAGGGGUUUUACUCACCCAACGUCUCUCCAGGACCACCAGCGCAUUCACACAGGAGAGAAGCCAUACCAGUGUUCACAGUGUGGGAAAAGGUUUUCUCAACAGAGUACUCUCCAGAUUCACCAGCACGUUCACACGCAAGACAAGCCGUAUAAAUGCUCACAAUGCAAGAAGAGCUUUACUCACCAGAGUCUUCUUCAACAACAUCAGAGCUUUCAUACAGGGGAGAAGCUGUAUCACUGCUCACAGUGUGGCAAGAGCUUUGCUUACCAGCGUACUUUCCGACGACACCAGCGAAUUCACACAGGACAGAAGCCGUAUUGCUGCACACAGUGUGGGAAGAGUUUUACUGAAAUGGGAAAUUUCCAAAAACACCAGCGGAUUCACACAGGCGAGAAGCCGUAUCACUGCUCAGUGUGCGGAAAGAAGUUCGCUCAACUGGGAGGUUUCCAAAGACACCAGCGCAUUCAUACAGGAGAGAAGCCAUAUCAUUGCUCCGAAUGUGGGAUGAGUUUUGCUUAUCAGAGUACCUUGCAGCGACACCAGAGCGUUCAUACAGGAGAGAAGCUGUAUUCCUGCUCGCAGUGUGGGAAGAGUUUUAAUUAUCUCGAAGGUUUCCAAAUUCAUCAGCGCAUUCACACAGGGGAGAAGCCGUAUCACUGCUCACAGUGCGGGAAGAGUUUUACUUGCAAGUCAAAUCUCCGACAGCACCAGCGUAUUCAUACGGGAGAGAAGCCCUAUCACUGCUUGCAGUGUGGGAAGAGUUUUACUUGCAGGUCUAACCUCCGACAACACCAGCGCGUUCACACAAAAGAGGGAAGCCACACAUUGAAUGCAACAACUUAGUGUAUUACAGAUAAAUUGGUAAAAAAGAAAAAGAACCCUGAUGAUUGAUUACUGCUAAGAAUCAGAAUAAUUUUUACUUGCCAUAUACAUUUUUAUGUAUGAAGAAUUUUUCUCGGUGCUUGGUCACAACAUGAUCCAUUCAAUGCACACAUCAGACAACACAGCACAAUUACUAUCCUAAUAUACAAAUAUUGCUCCCAAUAUACAAAUAUUAUACCUUAAGCGGAAAUGGUAGGCUCAGUUGUAAUUAACCUUAUUUCAGGUUACCUUGCUUCAUAGUUGGGUAGCAUUGUGAUAUAGCAGGUAGUGUUGGUGCCUCGGCUCCAGGGUCAGAGUAAUGUAGAGUUUGAUGUGUUCUCUCUGUCCUCCUACCGACUGAAGACAUGCCAGUUGAUACUCUAAAUCGCCAUAGGUAGGAAUAUGCAUGAGUGUAAUGAUGCUCUGUGUUGGGCUGGUGUAACAUUUAUAGUGUAUUCCCAUCUCAGCUCAUGUGUUCUUGGAAUAGGCCCCAGUUCCAGAUAAAGCUGUUAAUGGGGUGGGGGUUAGUGGGAUGAGUUUUGCUUAUCAGAGUACCUUGCAGUAACACCAGAGUGUUCACACAGGAGAAAAGCUGUAUUCUUGUAUGAGAUGAAAUGAAAAUGUUUUGCAUGUUAUGUAGCAAAUGUUAUUGUAUUCUUGUUGAACGCAUGAAUUGAAUGGUAUAUUGCAUUCAUAUAUUUUAUUUGUUUUUAAACUAAAAUAGUGGCUUAAAUUAUGUGCUGUGAUAAAAUCUAUAUAGAACAUUUUAAUAGCAAGUCAUGUUUCAUGAAAUGGUAGUUACAUUGGUAGCUUUACAUUAUCCUGUCUCUUGUCCCUUUAUUUUAAUACUAACAUGAACUGCAUUAUAUAUAAUGUAUAUUAUUGAAAUAAAAAAGGCACCAGACUCUA